AACUUACACACUUUCCCUCUCAAAACAACACACACAAAAAUUACUACCAAAGUACCAAGUACUUACUAACCACACUGUUUUUCAACUAGUAGAAUUAUAACAAACUUUCCUUCUACUAUUCUUUUUUUUUUUUUUUGGAACAUGUUUACUAUGAAUCAAUUUUCGGAGUCACAUGAUCCAUGUUCAUCAUCUUCAGAGAGGUUUCUUGCAGAGACCAUGCCAAAGAAGCGUGCAGGGAGGAAGAAGUUCAGAGAAACACGCCACCCUGUGUACCGUGGUGUAAGAAAAAGGGAUUCCGGGAAGUGGGUUUGCGAAGUAAGAGAACCUAACAAGAAAACCAGAAUUUGGCUUGGAACAUUCCCUACACCGGAGAUGGCGGCGCGUGCGCAUGAUGUCGCUGCGAUUGCACUGAGAGGAAGGUCUGCUUGUCUUAACUUUGCUGAUUCUGCUUGGAAGUUGCCGGUUCCGGCUACGUCGGAAGCAAGGGAUAUUCAAAAGGCGGCGGCUGAGGCAGCGGAGGCUUUCAGGCCGGAGAGUGUGUUUGAGAAUAGUGAAGAGAGGAAGGAUAGUGAGCCUUCGUCGACAGUGGCGGUGUCGGAGACGGUGAUGGAGCAACGGGAGGAGGAAGAGGAUACGGUGCCGGAGUAUUUGAGAAACAUGGUGCUAAUGUCACCGGCACAUUACUGGGGAAGUGAUUGUGGUGUUGCUGACGUGGAAUUUGAUGAAACUGAAGUUUCAUUGUGGAGUUACUCAUUUUAAUUUAAUUUAAGAUAAAUAUCUAAACAUUAGUACAUUACUAGUACCAAAUUGAGGAAUAAAUUGUUUGUGCAGGAAGUUCGUACUAGGAUAGUGUCUUAACAAAAAAAAAAUAGGAUAGUGUUCGUACUUAUGAUUUUUUUAUACUAGUACGGAUACUAUUGUGUAGGUGGAGAAAAGAUGUCACAAAAGAGAAGACAUAUAUAUAUUUUUUUUUAAUGUUGACUGUCGAUAGGUGUUGAGAAAUAAGUGUACAUUAACUUUAAGAA